GGAGAUUUCUUGUCCUGCCUUGGCGAAGAAGAGAUUCUCUACCCCAAACAGGAAAGGUCGUUGGGAAUAUAUUCCAUCCCUUUGUCCUCACCAAAUAGCUCUGUGAACCAUAGAAGGGAUGGUCCCAACUAUUUGGUAGGAAAUAUCGUUUUUACUAUGAAUUUGAAUUGCAGUUAGUAACAACAUAAUUUUGCCGUUUUAUUCUUUGAUCCUCCAUCAAAUUGUCUGAUUAAGACUGGGAAGAGACAUGGAUUGAGAGAGAAAUUGUAGCAUUUGAACUGAGGUUACGAUGUGGAAUGGGAAUAAGGACCCAAUUGGAAUUUUGGUAGAAGCACCAGAACUGGGAGAAUGGAUAAGGUCCUUAUGUUUUGGAUGCUGUAAUCGGUUGCCCUAGGAUCAGGUGUCUUUUUUUUUUUUUUUUUUUUUUAACAGUUGGGACCAAUAGAUUUUGCCAGGCUAGAUUUGGAAAUGUGAGGCAAACUGUUGGGGCAUUGGUUAACUGGACUAUGAAGAACAAAGGAGACCCAAAGAAACAAAACGGAAGAAAAGAAAUAGAUUUGAAGAGAGUGAAAAUAAAAAAGGAAAAAAGCUAGAAGACAUGCAAAUAAGAUCAAGGAUUAGGCUAUUGGACCAGUCUUUAGCAGAAUGAGAAGGGAAGGGAAUAAGCAUUUAUUAAAUACCUAGUAUGAGGUAGGGAUGUAAUUACCUUAAUUGACCCUCAACUUUUGGAGAAACUGAGGCAGAUGGGUUAAGUGACUCAUCCAGAGUGACAUAUUGUCUGAGGCUGAAUUUGAACUUUAGGUCUUCCUGAUUCCACAUUUACGAUCUUAGCUAGUGUACCACCUAGUUGUGCUGGCAGAUCUGAGCUUUAUCCCUUGUAAACAAAAUCUAAUCCAAAAACCAGAAAGAGGCAGAGGAAGUAUUGAAGCAGCCUGGUGAGGAGGGAAUAUUGUUGGGUAUGAAUGUUGAAUUAAAAUAUGGUAGAGAAGAGGCAGUGGAGAAUACGGCCAUUUGAUCGGCAAGUAGUUAAAAAUUUUAAUUGUCGUCUUUCUACUCCAGAACCACACCAAAAGGGGAUGGAGAUCUCCUGAUGUUAUAAGAGCACCCUGGUGUUAGGGUAUCAGGCUAAAAUAAUGAGACAAGCCAUCCCAACAAUAUUCUGGUGAAGGUUCUCUGAGAAGGAAAUGUUGCCUUCUUAAUUAACAACCCCCAGGGUCAAGUUAGUUUGUCCUAACCUGGGAUUAUGUCAGGGUGGAGGAAUUCAUUUGGUGAGUGAAGCAGAAUGGGGGUGGGACUUUGGAGGUGGGGCUCCCCAAAGAAAAGGAGACUUGGUGGCCUUCCUGAAAGCAUCAGAGCAGAGCUGGGAAUAGUAUGAAGUGGAGCUGGAGACGAGGACUACUGAUAUUAGAAGCAUUGGUUCUUUCAAGGGGUGAGAUCAAGAGGGAAAGGACCUCACCUGCUCAGGGGAAGGAGACUGGGCUGUGGUGUGUGAAUAGCUGGGGUAUUAUAGAACUUCUCUAGCCAAGCAGCUCCUACAGUUUAUAGGACCCUUAAGGGGUAUGGUGUUGGGCUUUCUGGAGAGGGUAACCAUAAACUUAGGCUGCUUUUGAAUUCAUUGUGUGAAUGACUAUACAAUUAUACCUGUCACUCAAUAAUUGUAUAACUAUAUAUGUGCCUGUGACCAUCUGUGUGAAUCCAUGUCUAUGCUACUGUUAAUUCUUUGAGAAAAUUUGACUUCACUGCUAUGUUACUCUAGAUUUUGUGAUCUUCAUACUUCACUUUGCUCUUUCUCUGUGACCAAUUAUCUAUUUGUCUGUGUGUGUAUUAAGGUGUGGAUAUAGGUUUUUGAAAUGCCUAACUGGGGAUGUCUCCUAGACAAACUAGAGACAUGGGAGGUGGAAUCUCUGGGUUCCUUCUUUCUCCAUGUAAAUAUGACCAGAAUUGCCUUUUUUCCAUCCUUCAGAGUGUGGGGCAAUUAGGCUAAUGACCCCCCCAUCCUUUCCAAAACUCAACUUUGACUUACCUAUUAGGAGACAGACUAGGGUGCAGGAUGCCUGAGGUCUAUGAGUAAAAUGAGAGAUGGGAAACCAGAUAUUUAGGUUCAGAGGGCUACCUAAACCCCAGAGAUGAGCCUAAGGUCCUCUCCUUGCCCCUUGGAUUGCUGAGGGAGGGAGGAGAAAUAAUUAUCUCAGUGUUGCUUGACGCUCUGAAUCGGUUCCAGUAAAAGCUGCUUCUGGACCUCAUAAAUAUUUUCUUUCUGGGAGGUGGUGGUGAUGGAGUCAGGUAGUCUCUGAGGAGGAGGAGCUAAGGGGCCUCUAUCCCUCACUCCAGUUCCUUUCUCAACCUCAAGCCACCAUUUUUUUGGAUAACAGAACAGAAUGACCAGUAUCUCUUAUCUUUUUUCAGGACUUCAUGCAGCUGAACAAGACUGUGGUCAACGUGGUCCUGGCCCUCCCAAGCCUCAGGAAGCUAAUACCACACCAGGAGAAUGGCCAUGGCAGGCAAGUGUAAGGCGGCAGGGAAUCCACAUCUGCAGUGGCUCUCUAGUUUCAGAUACUUGGGUUCUCACAGCUGCCCAUUGUUUUGACAGGACCUCUGUGACGGAUCCGAGUUCCUGGACAGUAGUACUGGGCUCUCUGCAGCAAAAGGGACUUAGCUUAGGGGCAAAAGAAGUAGGCGUGGUUUCUAUCCAUGUCCCUCAGACAUAUAACCACUAUACUGAGGGCUCUGACAUGGCCCUCCUUCAGCUGACUCAAAGCUUGCCUCAGUCUCCCAUCUGCCUGCCCCAGUCUGGCCACCGCUUUCCUUUUGGAGCUUCAUGUUGGGCCACUGGAUGGGGCCAAGGCACGGAUUGGGCUCCUGGAAUCCUCAGGAACUUGCACCUGCGCCUCAUCAGCCGCCCUACCUGUAACUGCCUUUAUAAUCGGUUGCAUUUGCGGCAGCUUUCCAGUCCAGCUCGGCAUGGGAUGCUGUGUGCUGGGAUCCAGCCUGGAGCUCAAGGUCCCUGCCAGGGCGAUUCUGGGGGGCCAGUGCUAUGUGAAGAGCCAGAUGGGCACUGGGUUCAGGUUGGAAUCAUCAGCUUUUCCUCAAACUGUGCCCAAGAGGACACCCCAGUGCUGCUGACUGACCUGGCCACCUAUGCACCGUGGCUACAAGCUCAGGCUUUUGGUGCCAUCUUUCUCCACCAGAACUCUGAGGUCUUGGAGAGCAGUGAUGAGGACAGCUGUAUCUCCUGUGGUUCACUGAAGGAGAAAGAGCCCCAUCCAGGUGCUCCUUCUCCAUGGCCCUGGGAUGUACAACUGAGGCACCUUGGGCAGUUUGUAUGUGGAGGAGCCCUAGUGUCUGAAGAAGUGGUACUGACAGCUGCUCAUUGUUUUAUUGGGCGCCAGACCUUGGAGGAGUGGAGCAUAGGGUUGGGCAGGGGUAAGGAGCAGCGUGGGCUUCGCCAACUCACCCUUCAUGGUGCUUACACACACCCAGAGAGUGGUCAUGAUAUUGCACUGCUGCUCUUGUCCCAACCUGUCAUCUUGGGUCCCAGUCUUCGGCCCCUCUGCCUGCCUUAUGCCUCCUACCGUCUACUUGAAGGGGCCCGGGGUUGGGCACAGGGGAGAGCCCACAAAGAAACAGAUCUUGGCUCCUCCAUGGCAGUUCCUGUGACUCUCCUUGGCCCCAAAGCCUGCAGCAGACUCCAUGCUGCUCCCGGGGGAGAGGGUGUCCCUAUUCUCCCAGGGAUGCUCUGUGGCAGUGCUGUGGGAGAACUUCUCCAGUGUGAGGGCUUGUCAGGGUCACCAUUGGUGCAGGAUGUGAUGGGCACAUGGUUCCUGGCAGGGCUGCAGAGUUUCAGCGACGCCUGUCGGGGCCCAGUCCAUCCUGGGGUCUUUACUGCACUUCCCAACUAUGAAGACUGGAUUAGCAGCCUUAAAUGGCAGGUCUAUUUUGCUGAAAAACCUGAACCUGAGGGAGAGAACUGCCCGGCUAAUCUAAGAGGUGGUCUUUCUAGCUGGUGACUGAGCUUCUCUAAGAUGUCAUCAUCAUCCAGGGACAGUCCAAAGGGAUAAAAGGACUUGACACAUAAUGGCCUUUGAGAGAUCAGGCCAUUUGCUCCCUCUUCACAAGGACAGGCCUUUUGGAAAGACCAUCAUCUUGUAAGCCUGGCUCCAUAAGAAUACAGGAACCCAGCUGAACUUGGGAAGAAAUAUGAGCACUGCAGAGGCAGGAAGAGGCAGAAGACAGAACACCACCAUUAAGACAC